UAGGUAAGCCAAUCCCAACACAUACGCUUCUACCGCAAAAACAUUGUCCCUUGUCCUCUUCCCUCUUCGUUGCCUAUCUUCCUCACUCUCUCUUCUCGCAUUGAAAAAUUAGGGUUACUUAGCUCUCCAAUUUUUUCUUCACUCCUCAAAUUAGGGUUCUUUAUCGAGUCUUUGUGUCCGAUUAUUUCAAUUCUUGAACUGGUAAUGAACAACCAUAACUCUAGGUCUCUAUCAUCGGCUUCAAUUUCUGAUCAGAGAAAAGAGAGGCAAAGGAGAAAUCGAAGGCAUUGAAUAAGUAGUAGUUGUUGUGGUGAGAAGUGAAGAGAUCGGACGGUUGAAAUGAGCGCGUCCAGGUUCAUUAAGUGCGUGACUGUUGGCGACGGCGCCGUUGGCAAAACAUGUAUGCUUAUUUCCUACACCAGCAAUACUUUCCCUACGGACUAUGUACCAACUGUUUUUGACAACUUCAGUGCAAAUGUGGUUGUGGAUGGAAACACUGUCAACUUAGGAUUAUGGGAUACAGCUGGUCAAGAGGAUUACAAUAGAUUAAGACCUUUGAGUUAUCGUGGGGCAGACGUCUUUAUUCUCGCAUUCUCUUUAAUCAGCAAGGCCAGCUAUGAAAACGUUGCCAAAAAGUGGAUUCCAGAACUGAGGCAUUAUGCUCCCGGGGUUCCAAUUAUUCUUGUUGGAACAAAACUUGAUCUUCGAGAAGACAAGCAGUUCUUUGUUGACCAUCCUGGUGCAGUGCCAAUUACUACUGCUCAGGGAGAGGAACUGAAAAAACUUAUUGGAGCUCCUUUCUACAUUGAAUGUAGUUCGAAAACACAGCAGAAUGUGAAGGGGGUUUUUGAUGCGGCCAUAAAGGUGGUGCUGCAGCCUCCAAAGCAAAAGAAGAAGAAGAAAAAGGGGCAAAAGGCUUGCUCCAUAUUGUAAUUGACAAAGGCAUGAUUAGGUUUGACAGAAUAGAAGAUGGCCUGCCUGCCACGCACUGCAGUCAGUCAUUGCUGUGUCACCUCUUUCCAUUCUUUGGCCCCCUCAAGGAAGCAGGAAGUCUUGUAUAGUCUCGACUGACAUUCUGGGGAUUUCCAUGAAAACACCUGAUUGAUUGUUUCGUGUUUUCCUCAAUCUCGUGGUCUGUAAUUGAAUUGCAUUCCUUGUCCAAAGUGCUUUUUAUUUUGGUUUAAAUUCGGCUUGUAAUAUCUUAAUUUGUCUCUCGAAUUAACUUUCUGGCAUGAGAUGAUGUGAUUAAUCUAUGUAGCUGACCUCCUAUAGGAGGCUCGCAGGAUCUCUGGCCACUUGCUUCGUAUCCUAUUCUGCAGUAGAUUUGUACGACAAUAUGAUUGUUGUUUUGUAUUCAGUUUAAGCUAUAAUGUAUUGCUCGCUUUUGGAUUCCAUGCU